UAAUGCGCAGGCGCUUUGCGGCAACGCGCUGUGAGGUCGACUUAUGUUUAGUCUCCAGGAUGCAUCGUUAAUGAACCGGAAGGGAAGGUUGUUGUGGAAAGGUGUCUAAAAAAGAUUUGCAUUGCAAAGAGAUGUUCAGUUUAUUCCGAAAAAGCCAGGAUACCAAGAAGGAAGUAGUGACUGACAAAGAAGCAGAUGGAUUUGUUCUUCUGGGCAAUACAAUUAAUGAAGAAAGAAAUAACUCAGCAGAUAAAACUUCAUUGUCUGUGACUGGAACUCAAUUUGAUCAUACUUCACAGGCAAAUUCAGACAACCAGUCAAAGUUGACUGAAACAGACACUGAACUGGAAGCAAAGAAAAAUCAGAAUAUGGAAAGCAGUUCUAUGUUGGAAUUUCUAAGUGAUGUACCUUUCGCUCUUGCACCACAUGUUUUGGCAGUGCAAGAUACCUGUAAUGAUUUCUCAAGGCAGUUGUUCUCCUGUGAUGUCAAUGACAAUUUAGCAAGAUUUUGGUAUGAUUUUACACUUGAAAAUUCAGUGUUAUGUGAGUCCUAAAGUUGAGUUACUUAAUAUAAAAAUGUACCUAGAUCACUUGAAAUAAAAUAUGCUGGUAUUAUCUGUCAUGUAAGUCUGCUUGUUUGUGUCUACCACUAGUCUAACAGAACAUUAUUAUGUUCCAUCCUUGUCAUGUUUCUUACAAUGUUUUAAAACAGCUAAGCCAAACUUCACAACUCAAUUACAAUAAACAGGCUAUAAUCUGAAUUCAUUGAAAAUAAUCCAGUAGAAAUUUCAUAUAAGCUUCCAGAUGCUUAUAUUAGCUUAGCCCUUGCUUUAUCAAAGGAAAAUAACCUAAAUAUUACAUUGUAUUCUGACUUAUAAAUAAGCAACCUAUACUAUGAUGAUUAAUAAAUUAGUUAAUUUUGCUAUGGUACCUUUUCUUGAGGAAUUCCCUACAACAUCAGGCCCAUCUAAAUUUAUACAACCUUAGUGCAGAAUGAAUUGAUAUCAAAUAUCUGAGUUUGGUUUUGGAGUUUUGAUUCAUAUUUCUUGGGACUAUAGUUUUUGAUUUGCUGUUUUAGUUCUAUAUGCUUGAUUUCUAUGUUCAUUUUUUUCCAUUGCAAGCUUCUGCUGCAACUACGAGUGAAAUUGAGAUGUAUGCAUAUACUGUACAUUAUAUCAGUGUGUCUGUGUACACAUGAUGGGUGCAUGGGUGUAUAUGCACAUGGGUACAUAAUAUACCCAUGCAUGUAUAUAAAUUGAUUUACCACUAGUAAGAUAAACAUGGAUAUUUAAAAUAUAUCAGUAUAGCUUUUCACAAAAUACUAUAUGCUAUUCUUCUCCAACUUCAUGCCCUUCAGUUAUCUCAUGCUUUUUAUUUAUUACUUUUAUGCAACAAAGAACAACAUAUAAGAAGUAAAAAGUAGAUAAUAUUGUAUAAAAUGCAACAACAAAUUAAACUUUAAUCAGACAG